AAUUGUUCGUCGGCUCUUGAAGGUAGAGGAGAGGUAAAACGCGCGCGGUUUAGCGCGUAUUUUCAACGGUACAAAAAACAUCGCCAUGUGACAAAAAUGAGACAGUGAUUGUGUGUGAAAGAAGUGUGUUUUAGUGUUUUGUGUGAUGCCCUUCGUGCAGCGGUUUGUCGAGCCCAAAUUUUUGAGCAGAGCUCAACUUUUUGACGACGAUGGCCAUCCUAAAAUCGGUGAUUUCGAAUUGGAAGCCGUUGCCAAUAACACAUUGUGUAAUGCCCUCCGACAACUUGCUUCGUUGUUAUUGGCGGCUAAUGAUAUUUUCGAUGAUUUGGGACAACAAUUGGAAGAUAUUAAAAAGAGAUCAGAAAAUCUCAAGGUUAGAAUUAAAGAGAUGGAGGGAACUGUGGAGAAGUUUGAUCCAAAGGAGGUUACAGUGCCUGAAAGCGAUAUCGCUUCAUUUGCCGUAUUCAAAAACCACUUCACUGCCAAACAACCCCUCGUGACGAAUCUUUUUGUCCCCGAUACUCGGCCAACAGCGUUACGAACCCUUUAUGAAACGGCCACCAAAACUCCCGUACAUCUUAUGCGCCAACUCGAUAGAUGGCGUCGUGAUGGAUUUCGAAGUUCCAGAUUCUUUGUAUGUACCCCAGUGCUUGGUGCCAAGAGGAGGAAAAUUAGGACGAAGGUUGAUAUCGAUAUCGAAACUAGUAUGCCCGCUGCAAUCGAGGAGCUGCGGCGCUGGACUUCAAAUGAAGCUUUGGGCGACGUAACUGUAACUCCAGAUUGCGCUAGUCGUAUCACCAGCACUACUUUCACCGAUGGAAACACUACAGAUGGUACGAUUGCUUCAGAUGAUGAGGGUAUCGAUCAUAAACUACCGUCCCCUGAGGAGCAACUCCAAGUCGUUGCACUCAAGUUCCCUGCGGAAAUAGUAGCAGUCGACAUUACCGGCAAAAACUUCGAUCGAAUGUCUUUGCAACGGCGAUCUUUAAAUCAGUUGGGUCAACUACCUGUUAAAGCAGCAGAUGGCGCAACGGACGAAACAAAUAUUAAACGACGAUCAAGAACUAGAAGAACGCGCAGCAGGCGGAGAAAUACUUUGGCAGGAACUGAUCAGAAAGAAAUUAGAGAUGCUUUAACAGCUGGGGAGGAACCAUCCUCACCAACAAAUAGCCACGAGACUGAAUGUUCCACAUCUGGUGCUGUAUUAAGAAGUAAAAGUAGCGACAUCUUACGAACAUCUAAAAAAGAAUCACCGGAACCGAAGAAAUCACAUUUCAACACUUUGAAACAAUGGGGAAAAAGUAGAUACGAUAAAUUCAUGAACAAAAGUUCCGAAGGAAAAUGCGAAAAUAAAACUAGAGAUAGUAAAGAAAGUAUUGAUGAUAUCAAUGUCUACGAAACAGUCACUACAAAACGUAAGAGAGAUAUAGAAAAAGAAAGAAGAACACACGAACGAAACUCUUCUAUAUCUUCCUCUGAAAAAUCCAGUAUAAAUGUACCCAUUUCGAAUCCGUUGUCUUCAGUUAUGAAUAUAGCUGUAAAAUUGAGAGAUAGUUCAGCUCAAAGGAGAUUGAAGAGGCUAGGAAACAGAGAGGAACCUCAUUCUUCCAGUGGAAAUUGGAGUGCUAGUUCUGAAAGCGGUAGAGCUUCUAUUGGUUCAGAGAUAACAUCUACAACUCAUCCAAAAUCGACAGCAUCGACGACCACAUCCAGUAAUUCCUUGAAUCAACAACAACAACCUGGCUCGGUGAAUAGCAGAAGAAGAUUUAACGUAAACACGUCCACAUCUGGAAGCGUCACCAGUGAAGGCACUUUAACACCAGAUAUUAUUCACGAUUUACAUGAAGAUGGCGAAACAAGCUCAGUAUAUUCUUGUGAUACAGAGGGUUAUUAUACUUCCUUCCACAUGGAUAGCGGUCUUAAGACUCUCAAAGAAGAAGACACACCGCCUACACCUUUACAUUCCACAUCAGCAUUUUCAAAUUCUGACUCAAACAAUACAGUAUUAUCAGCUGAGAACGAAUACGAGCUGUUUGGUAAAGGCUCUACUUCGACGACAACUAGCUCUGCAGGUACCGUCUGCACAACUUUAAGAGCUGCCGAUAGCAAUAAAUCUUUAGUUAUAGGCCCAGCAGUACCUGAGAGAAAAAGUUCUUUAUCAAAAUUGUCCAACAAGUCUAACGAAAGUACAUUAGAAAGAGAUUUCAGUGAUAAAACGGGCACCGUCAAAAGAAGUCCUGCUGCGAAUAUUAAACCUGUGGUUGUAGCUAUUAUCCAUAAACAAAAUGACGGAGAUGUAUCGCCGGAUAGUGGGCACAAUACCUCUAGUUCCCCUAUAGAGUCAAUCAGUAGCCCUAACGGUGUUAGAAGUGGUUCAGAUUUCGAGUUUUCUGAAUCUUCUGAUAUGGAAGGCCCAGAAAGAAUAGAACGAAUCAGAGUAAAAACUACUAUUAACUCAAGUCGUAUUCCGUCUAUGUGUGUUAUAACACCACCUCACAGUGAUGAUGAAAGUGAAAAUAGCAGUAAUUCUUCUCACAAAAACUAUGAAAACCAACUUAUAGAAAACAAUGCGGCCAAUAGAAAAAAUAAUGAUGUUGAAAAUAAAAGCGAAUCCAGUAACAUUCAGCAUAUUAUUAGCACAUCAGUAAAUGGUACAAAUAAGUUAUCAUUAGUAAGUGUUAAUCCGCAAUCAGGUUAUGCUACAAUAGAAAGAUUAGAUCAACCAGAUGGUGCAAUUGUAACUACUGAAACUAAAUCCAGUACUAUGCGAGCUCCAAGUCCUAGUGGAGGAACUGUAACUAUAAAAGAAGAAAUAAAAACAUCACCUCCUCAGCCUAUAAUUAAAGCGUCUUUACUACCUUUAAACAAUAUGCUGGGUAGACUCAAGUCAAAUAUAGUGAAUUUCGCUCAUAAACGGGAUCGAAGUAAAUCACCAAACGCUAAUAAAGAUCAAUCACUAAAUAAGUUGGAGGAUAAGCUGUUUGACGCUGGAGAAUACGUAACAAUAGCUGACGUGAGAAAUAAUAAUGAAAAGUCUGUAGUUAAUACAGAAAAUCAACACACCAACUAUAUCCAGGAUAUUGUAAAUAAAAAUUUAACUACAGUUUUAUCGGGGAAAAUAAGAGACGCAGAAUACGUGAGUCUCAAUGAACUACCCUGCAAUGAAAAUAAUAAUAUAACAACUACUACUUCAGUGGAUUCUUUAGAACGAAAAAGACUAGGUGCUAGGGUUCUGCUAGACGCCGAAGGAAAAGUUGUCUAUAGUUCAGAUAGCUUAAGAAGAAAAGGUGCUCAUACUACUUUUGAGCCAGGAAAAAAUGUUAAACCAACCAACAGUCCGUCUCCAAGUCCCUUACCUGUCCAUAGAACAAUAAAAUCCGUAAGACCCAUCGCUAAUUCGCAAAAUCAAAUGAUUGCCACUGUACCCGCUGUAGAAUUCAACCGUCCGCUAUCACCACAAACGCAAAAAAUAGUAAUCAGGGCUAACACAGGAACAGCAGAAAUCGUCAGAAAACUUCCAUCCACGAUCGUAACACCGGCCACCAGUCCUACUUCUCCCAAGACCCAAACUUCUAAAGGAGCUUAUGUUAAUAUGCAAGAUACCGGAACGAAUCCUACUCACGAAAAAGAACGAGUACAGAGUCCGACCAAGCAAUUUCCAAAAUUACCUGUUGCCUGUUCAGAAAACGUCCAGACUAGUCCUCAAAAUAUGUAUCGUUAUGGAGAACAGUUGUUGGACAUGGACGCAAAUCGAUAUAUUUCUAAUCAGUAUUAUUUACCACGUGGUUCUUCUAUGUACUCCACACUGCCUUCCAAGAAGACGCAAUUUUUCACCAACGAAACAAAAACGGAGAGAUCUGUUACACCUGAUAUAACAAGAGGCCUAGAAAGAAGUAUCAAUUUUGACCAAAGAAAUAUUUAUAAAACAGAACAUACUAUGCUUAAUCAAAGAUUAGGUAUUCCAGUUCAAAUGCCAGAUAUUAACCGACUAAACCUCCACUUCAUACCUUCUUACACUCCACAAAAAAAAGAUCCGCGUGUAUCUUUUCAAUACCAAUCAGGCGAUGAUCCAGAAUCACUGAAAAUAUCUCCUAUAGAUCCUAGACACUCAGGAAGCUUUCAGUCUUCAACGCCUUCAUCAAAAGGUGAUCUGAGAGCUGCAACAAAUCUAGAAAAUAAAUUGUUGUCGCCGAAAAAAUCUACUAUGUCUAACGAAGAGUUGUACGCCGUUAUUCAUAAAAGUAAGAAAAAAAUGAAUAUAGAAACAGAAGAAUCACCAAGAGCGUCACCGUUAACAGUAAAAGAAACUUCAAAAAAAAUUAUUAAAUCUCCCGAAACUGGUUACAUAGGAGAUAAAUCUAAAUCAAGGUUAAGUUGGUCACCUAGUAAAGGAGAAUACAUAGAUUUCAACGAAGAUAUAGAUAAACUUUCUCCUCCAAAUGAUUCCAGAUCUAGACAAAGUUGGGCUUGCAGUGAUCGGAAACCAAAAACAAAACAAACUUCUACGUUGGAUUUCAAAAGGUUACUUUUACAAAAAUCGAGUACAAACUCCCCCAAAAAGCUUUCUGCUGUUGAACAACUUAAGCUUUCUAAACAACGAGAUAAACCCGCUCCGUCUAAGCCUCAACCAGAGAUGAGUAUAUUAGAUCUAAGCGCUUCUCCGCGUAGUUUAGUGAAUAGAAAGUUUUCAAAUAACGCUCCAGGAUCCCCAAGUCGAGAGCAAAAAUCUUUGACGAAAGUUCUAUCGCCCAGGUCCCAAUGGCGAUUCAAUAGUCCAAGAAGUGACGUUCUCUCUUCACCAAUUCUCGAAGAUUGCAGAGAAGACGAGAGUCCAAAUAGUUCUAGCGAUAGAAAAGGAUCUCCAAAGAAUCGUAAUUCAAAUUCUAGUAAUGAAAACUCACCAAAAGGUAUGCCUAAGUUAUCUGCAGAACCUCAUCCAUACACUUCAGCUACUCAAAGACUUUAUGCUCAGAGAGCUCAAUAUUUUAGUCCCAUCACUUCAAGGAAUAUCCAGCUCAACAAUCAAGAGAAAGAAAAGAAGUCUUCGCCUCCUACUUUAGAAACUGCGUUUUAGUAUUAGGUUUUUUGUAUUUUUUAUGUAGAGUGUUGUCAAAUCAAUGGAAAAAAUUCAUAUCAUAGUCAUAUAGUUUGUUGUCGUAAAAAAUUUAACUCGACUGUUUUCAAUUGAGAUAUUUGUAUUUUCUAUAGAAUUUCUUUUAUUUUGUACCUAACAUCUAACGUUAGCAAAUUUAAUUAUUUGUUGUAACUCCUAAAGUUUCCAUAAACUUUAAAGCUAUGAAAAUGAGCUUUGUCUUAAUAAGUAUCCAGUUACUACUUUUAUUUGGUUUUCAAUCAUGAAAAAUAUUAUUAAUUGGUAUUAAAUCUCUAAUCAUUUUGUCAUAAAAGUAUUAUAAAUACAUAGAAUGGUUCACGAUUUUUUGAUAAAGGUUUAUUUAACCUCUAAAAAAAUAAAUAAUUUGUUUUUAUCUUUCUUAUAACCUGAAAUUGUUUCUCAGAAACCUUAGAAUAAGCAAUUACUUGUAAAUUUCCUCGAGUUAUUUUUUGCAUAUGCUUCACUGAAAGAUUUCCACAACAUUCAUAAAAUAAAUUCUUAAUUUUUACAGUUGUACUGAAAUUGUAUAAUAAUCGUUCAAUGUCAUAUUCUUUCCUCUUUUACUGCCCUUAUUAUUUCUUCACUAUAUUUAGGAGUCUUUAUUUUAAGCAUGUCUCUAUUUUCUCAUUUGUGUUCAUAAUAAAAAUUGACAGCCUUUUGCUUUUUUUUACACCAAACUCUUGCGCUUUCAUUUGUUUUUCACAAAAUGGUGUCUUCAUUAAAACUUCCAUCCAUUCGUUAUUGUCUACCAUAUAAUAAAUAAUAAUUCACUAAAGUAAUGAUAAAUUAUGAAAGGGUUGAAUAAACUUUUUAGAAACGUGUGUAAAGUAAAGUGAGCUUUUCUGGAGAAGUUGUGAAAAGGGCAUAUGCGAGGAAUGUUAUAAAAAGGAAGAGGUCUGAUUAGCUGAUGGAAAAGUAUAGAGAAGAUUGUAUGCAAUAAUGAAAUUAAUGGUUGCCUACCCAAUAGGGUCGGUUCAAAGGUAUUUCCGAACAAGUACAAUAUGAUGAAAUCAGCAUACUCAAAUAGACUACCUUAAAGCCAAUAAUAUAUAAUGAAAUAUUCAUUUGUAAAAAGUAUAUAUUAUAUCAAGUAAACAUAAGUGAUGUUAGGUACCAAUAAAUUCUCGUCAUUUUUGUUUACAAACAUUCAAAACAAAGUUUGAUAAAAAAGAUAUUUUCAUUUUUUUUUCUGUCACACUAAUGAAUAAUCAUAAUUAAUUUAAUAUUAACUGUUUAGGUUUAUUGCUGGAAUUUAAUUUAAUUACUACUACAAUGUUUUAAUUGUAAGCUGUUAUUUUGAUACAUUGUCUAUAACAGAAGUUUUGAAUUGACAUUUUUCAAACACUCUACAAUUUUUUUUAUAAGAGUUUGUUUUAUUUAUUCGUUUUAUCUCUAGUCCUCGAAAUAUUUUUCAUUUUUAUAGAAACAUAUAUUUCAGUUAAUGGAAUAGGCUGUAAGUUUUUGAGAAUGUACAAAUCAGAAAAGGUAGGUAUUUGUAAAUACAUUUUUUGGUUAUGCUUUCCGAUACACAGAAUAUUUUAGUGAAGUUGCCUUAAAUUAUUGUUAAUCUUAAUAUAUUGGUUUUGUAAAUAAAUGUUUUAAAAUGGC